UCUCACCAUAUUUUGAUCAUAAUAUUUUGAUCAUAUUAUGUUGAUCAUUAUGACAAUAACCCUCUGAUAUUCAGCAGAUUUGUGUUAUUUAUCAUGAACAGUUAAUAGACGAAGUUUUAAUUAAAUUCAACAGGUAUAUCUUGAGUUGUCCAGCGGGCUGUUUUUGUUCCAUGAUUUUGGCAAACUGUUCCCGGUCCCGACAUUAAAUGAACACAGCGCCACCAACAGUUCAUUGUAAGAACUAGUCGGGUGUCAUAUAUACGUGUUUCUUAGCACAUCCGGUAACAACGAUAGCGAAGGUGGGUACCAAACGUACUCCUACGAUACGUAAUUCAUCAAUCAAGAUGGCUUCGAUGUUGGUGAAAAAUUUCAGAAGUUUGACGUGUUUAUCGCGUCAAAUACUGCCUUGUUCUAGAUUUGUGGUGCCUCUACAGAAGCAGAUACUCAAAAGGAGACAAGGGACGUAUGUUGCUAUCGAUGACAACAUAUCCGGACUGAAUGAACAUGAGAGACAGCUCCGAGAAUCAGUUUUCCGGUUUGUCCAAGACGAGCUCGCUCCAAAAGCAGCUGAGAUUGAUGCCAAAAAUGUGUUUGAAGGACAAAAGGAAUUCUGGCGGAAACUGGGUGAUAUGGGCCUCCUGGGCUUGACUGUUCCUGAGGAGUAUGGAGGCACCGGGGGAAGCUACCUGGACCAUUCCAUCGUUAUGGAGGAAAUGUCGAGAGGGUCGGCAGCCGUUGCGUUAAGCUACGGCGCCCACUCAAACCUCUGCGUCAAUCAGCUCGUCCGCAACGGCAACGAGGAACAGAAGCAGAAAUACUUGCCCAAGCUGAUUAGCGGUGAGCAUAUCGGGGCCUUAGCCAUGAGUGAAGCCAACAGUGGAUCCGAUGUCGUCUCCAUGAAGCUCAAAGCAGAACACAAAGGAGACCAUUACUUAUUGAACGGUACAAAGUUUUGGAUCACCAACGGUCCUGAUGCUGACGUGCUCAUUGUCUACGCGAAGACGGACUUAUCGGCUGAAGCCAAGCACGGAAUUACGACAUUCAUCAUAGAAAAGGACUUUGAGGGAUUCAGCACGUCCCCUAAGCUGGACAAGCUGGGUAUGCGGGGAUCCAACACUAGUGAGCUGGUUUUCGACAACUGCAAAGUACCAGUUGAGAAUGUGAUGGGCCCACUAAACAAGGGAGUGUAUGUUCUGAUGAGCGGCCUCGAUCUGGAGCGGUUGAUACUAUCGGGAGGCCCAGUUGGUCUGAUGCAAGCGUGUAUGGACGUCACAGUUCCUUACUUAAUGACAAGGACGGCCUUUGGAAAGCCCAUCGGAGAAUUCCAGCUGAUGCAAGCCAAGAUGGCGGACAUGUACACGCGGCUCAACGUCUGCCGGUCCUAUCUCUACAACGUGGCCAGGGCGGCCGACAAGGGUUUUGUGAGCGCCAAAGACUGCGCAGCGGUAAUCUUGUACACGGCGGAGAACGCCACACAGAUGGCAUUGGAUGCCAUUCAGUGCCUUGGUGGAAAUGGUUACAUCAAUGACUACCCUACAGGACGAUUGUUGAGAGAUGCCAAGCUGUAUGAGAUAGGGGCAGGAACAAGCGAAAUAAGGAGACUUAUCAUUGGUCGAGCCCUGAAUGCAGAAUAUAAAUAAGCAUAUGAAUAUUCAUUACUUGAGGGUAUGUUCAAUUGUGCAUGGUGAGAUGAGGGUUAUCAUUGGCUGAGCCCUGAAUAUAAAUAAGCCUUUGAAUAUUCAUAGCUUGUAGGUAUGUUAAAAUGUGAAUGGUGAGAUAAUUGGGCUUAUCAUUAGCCCAGCCCUCGAUGCAGAAUAUAAAUAAGCCUAUGAACAUGAUGAAUAUUCAUAGCUUGAAGGUUUGCUAAGUUGUGAAAAUUGAAAUAAGGGAGGCUUAUUAUUGGCCCAGCCUUCAGUGCAGAAUGUAAAUAAGCAUAUGAAUAUUCAUAGCUUGAAGGUAUGUUAAAUUGUGAAUAGUGAGAUAAGGAGGCUUAUCAUUGGCCCAGCCCUGAAUGCAGGAUAUAAAUUGCCUAUACAUAUUAAUGUCUUGAAUGUACAUGUAUGUUAAAUGGUGAAAAGUGAGAUAAGGGAGGCUUAUCAUUGGUCCAGCCUUAGGUGCAGAAUGUAAAUAAGCCUAUGAAUAUUCAUAGCUUGAAGGUAUGUUAAAUUGUGAAUAGUGAGAUAAGGAGGCUUAUCAUUGGCCCAGCCCUCGAUGCAGCAUAUCAAUAAGCCUACGAAUAUUCAUAGCUUGAAGGUAUGUUAAAUUGUGAAUAGUGAAAUAAGGGGUUUAUCAUUGUCCCAAGCCCUCGAUGCAGAAUAUUAAUAAGCCUAUGAAUAUUCAUAGCUUGAAGGUAUAUUAAAUUGUGAAUAGUGAGAUAAGGAGGCUUAUCAUUGGCCCAGCCCUCGAUGCAGCAUAUCAAUAAGCCUACGAAUAUUCAUAGCUUGAAGGUAUGUUAAAUGGUGGUUGGCAAGUUGAAGGUUGGCUUAUUGGCCCGGCCCUCAAUGCAAAGUAUGAAUAUUCACAGUUAAAGGUAUUCUUAAUCUGAUUUGCAAGAUAAGGUGGCUUAUCUUUGGCUGAGCACUCAAUGCAAAGUAUUACUAAGCUAUGAAUAUUCAAAGUUGAGUGCUGAGCCAUAUGCAAAUUGGAGAUAUGACUGAGUGCCUCAUGUUUAUUCAUGACUUGUGCUUCCCAUUCUCCCCUAAAUCAAUAUCAUUAGAUAUGGUGGUGUUACAUGUAUAUAUUAAUCGUUUUGUAGAAAACACCCUCUUACUUUGCGACAGCAUGACUAUGCAUAUGCAUGAGAAUAUAAAAUGGUGGUUGUGCUAUGAACACGUUCGACGGUGGACAAAGGAAUCAUGUGCUGCCUGUAGUAUGUAGUUUUUUGGGCAAGGAGUUUUAACUGCUCAGACUUUGGAUGUCAGUGCAGAUAUGUUUGAAUGUUGAUGUGUAGACAGUUUUCUUUUUAAAUAUUAUUUUAAUUUCAUAUUGUUGUGGUUUCAUCAGUGAGUGUUUCUCAGGGAAAUGUUUUGUGGUUUCCGGUCAAAAAGUGUUUCUAAUUGUUCUGCCAUCUUUAAAUUUGGGGGGUUCCGAUUUACUUGUUCACUAUUUGCUGAGACUUGGUUUGCAACAACCACGAAAGAAAACAGGACUAGGCACAUCUAGAAAAGAUCAAGUCAGGUCAGGUCAGUCAGGUUGGGUCAGGUCAAUCAGGUUGGGUCAGGUCAAUCCGGUCAGUUCGGGUUGGGUCUCUUUGACAUUCGGUGAGGUCAGGUCAGGUCAGGUCAUUCAGGUCGCAUCAGGUCAGGUCAGGUCAUUCAGGUUUGGUCAGGUCGGGUUUAUUCAAGUCUUGAUUUUAAGAGACAGUCAGGUCAGGUCAAGUCAGGUUAGUCAGGUCGGGUCGGGUCGAGUCCGGCUUAUUCUAGUCUACAUCCCAAGAGACAGUCCGGUCCGGUCGGUCGGUCGGUCGGUCGGUCAGUGCGUGCGUGUGUGCUAAAUAAGUGCUAAGAGCACACUAGGUUGCCCUCUGGGACCAGCACAAAUGUAGUCUUGCAAGAUACACGUAAGGCCACGAGACGCUUUAAAAGAUCACUGACAGUAAGAAAUGAUAUAUAGAGACAACACAACACUGCAGGUGCACGCUUACACUCUAUCUAAAGUGCUUUUAUUGAAUGAAUACAUGUUUAAAUUUAACACAGAAAAGAGACGUGAAAAAAAAGGCUUGUGUCGUGAUAUGCCAAACUUUCUCCAUCAUGUCUCUGACUAAAUAUUCAAUUAAUUUCAUUGGCUUUAAGGUAAUGGUCACCAUUUGCUGAAAAAGCUAUAUUUGCCUUUUCAAGAAACAAUAAAUAAUAAAUCUGAAGCAGGUUAUUAAUACAAAACUCAGUAAGACAAUGUCGAAAUUGUGUACAGUAGAUGUCAUACUUUUGAGAAAACUGUAACAAUGCAUCUUUAUUUUUUUCUCACGCAAAGCAUGUUUUUGUUGGCUGUUUGAAGGUUUGAUCCAUAACCAUCGCGAUGAAUUGAUGGUUAUUCUUUUUGCCUGGAAAAAGACAGAAUACUGGGUGGAAAUUAUUUCACAGGAUGCUUUAUAUCCUUUUAUUUUCUAAAAUUUAAGAAGGAUAAUUCAUUAUAUUUUGAUAGUUUUAUGUUUGAGUGUUUGCAAAUGGUGUCGAUUACCUUAAACCACUUCAAAAGUUAAAGGAAAGGGGAAAAAAGAAAGGGAAAAAAACCCAAAACAAUUUGCUAAGGAAUAUUUCCAGUUACAAUUGGUUUGUAUCUAUUUCCACCAGUUACUGAGAUUCAUGCUUAACCAUGUGGGAAAGGACAAUUAAUAAAGAGUAAUAAUCUAUAUAUAAUAAUGCUGCUUAUUUCUAAUAAAAAAAUAGUGUAUACCAGAUUUGCUAAGAUAAUUAAGUAAGGUAUAUUGGAUAUUUGAAAAGUUUCAUGCAAUAUUUUUUGGAAUUUUAUAUAGUGUUGUAGAACAAAAUUGUCGGCAGUGCAUACUGAAUAAUAUUCAUUCCAUGGGUUUACGAAGUGAUUUUGAGUGGGUAAACUCUUUUGUAGUGACUCAAAUUUACCCACUUCAAAUAGCGCCCUCUUAUUGUGUCC